GAGAGAUUAAUGUGUGAAUGUAACGUAGGAGAAAGAAAACAACAAUAAUUUAAUAAAAUGGGUCCAAACCUCAGCCUCCACUUACAUACACUCUGUACAUUCCGGCUAAAAUGCGCGCCGUUCGCAUUUCCAAAGCACCCAACCCCUGAUUCUCAAUCCAUCCCACGCCGACGGUGAAGAUUCGCCCACACACGGGGUUUCUAUCAGAUUGAAGUUUCUUCGCUAUGGUGGACGACGACGACGAUGACAAUUUCGGCCACUUCAAUUUUGUUGCAAACCAUCCCGAUCCGAUCAACAACCGAACUUCCUCCACCACCAUCGAUGACGACGAUUGGGGCGAUUUCGUCGACCAUUCUUCUCAGAUCGGUGACCCUUUUGAUCUCUCCCGUCCUCAGCCUUCUCCCAAUUCAAACCUCUCCGACACGUCCCCGGCGAUUCAGUGGGCGAAGCCUCAGGGGGCUAUUCCGCUUUCCAUUUUUGGCGAGGAGGAAGAGAAGGAGGAAAUGGGAUCUGGUGUAGUUGGUUCUAGUGUUGGGUUUGGGGAAAUUUCGUUUGUUGGGAAAGAGAGUGGUUCGGCUAAGAAGGGAGGGAGUUUGAGCGUUGGGGUUGGGAUUGAUGAUUUGAUUUCUAAUUUGUAUGGUCCGAAUCAUCAGAUAAAAGCUGGAAGUCCGUUGAAAUCGAACAUGGAAUUCGAUCCUUUGAACUUCAAUAAUUCGUUGGAUUUGAAAUCCGUUGGCUCCAAUUUGAAUAUCAAUGGUGUUCAUUCUUAUGGGAGCCAGACUAAUUUUGAUGGCGAUGCUUUAAAUUUUGAAGCUAAUGGAGUGAUGUCUAAUGGGUUUCAUUCUGAGUUGACAAACGUCGGUGAGAGUAUUGAGGAUGAUGGCGAGGAGGUGGACGAUUUUGAUGGCUGGGAAUUUAAGGCUGCAGAGUCGGUUACGCCUACGGGUGAUGAUCGGAACUCAAAGGUUGUCAGACCAAUCCAAGACGGUUUUGAUGGAGUGGCACAGGCAUUUGAAUCAACAAUCAAUGGACAUAGCCAUGGAGAUUCGGUUGUUCAAUCAAAUGGAGCUGUUAACAACAUAGAUGAAUGGGACUUUGGUUUUAGUCUUGAUGCAAGUCCUGUGGCCCAAAAUGGCAUCUUACCAAACUCACACAAUAAGAAUAGUCAAAAUGAUCUAAAUAAUGUUUUAAGCCCUUCUCCUAUUGAACGGGAUGCCAAUGGUGUUGGGCAUGUGUGGGAUUUCAAGGAUGCUUUUUCUGAUGCACCAGACUAUAAGUUGGAAGAGUCAAAGCCUGCCAUCGUUCCUCCCAAUGGUAUAGAGGUGCUUGUUCUGAAUGGCAGCGUCGAUGUUUCUUUGUUUGCUUCUGAUGGGAUUUCUCACAAAUCUGGUGAACAACAAAAUUUUGACUCAAGUUUUAAUCUGAAUUGGGGGAAAGAAGACAGGAACUUUUUGAAUGGAAACCUGGACGACAACUUCCAUGCUACUGGGAAAGAUUUAAACACUUCUUUAGUUAAUGAGAAUGAUGAUUUCAAUGAGAAUAUUUGGGAUUUCAAGUCUGCACUUUCAGAUUCUGGAUCAAACAAUAAGGCAGAGCCAGUUGAAUUUGCUACUGGUUUUGAAGCACCUGCAUUUGGUUUCAGUAGUGGUAUUCAGAGGAAUUCAGAAUUAUUGUCAAGUCACCAGAAAGCCCUGCCCUUGUCAAUUUUUGGAGAUGAGGAGCUGGAAACUACUGAUGAUUUCUCAAUGAAUCAAGGUGCUUCUACCUUUGUAUCUGUCGCCCAUGAAGGACUUGAUAGCAAGAAUCCUGGUUCUACUGUAUCUAUUAAUGACUUGAUAUCAAGUCUGUACAGUCAAGCCGAGAACAAUGGUUCCAUCAAGUCUUUCCCAGAAGAAAAUGAAAAUGGAAUAAUUCCAUCACCAAGAAUGUCACACUCCGAUUUUGGCAAUGAUGAUGAUGAUGAUUCCUGGGAGUUCAAAGAUGCGUCACCAGAUGUUAACAUCCUAGAUCAAACAUACACUACUACUCUUGGAGGUGUACCCCAGCUGUCAUCUACUAAACUUCAGUUUGAUUGUUACAUGGAUUUUUAUCACAAAUUAAAUCUUGUUUUGAACCAUGUUGUCCAUGACCUUCUUGAAAAUUUAAAGAAAGCCCGAAGUAAUGAAUUUCUUUCUGGUGAAGAAGCAGACGUCAGAACCAUUUGUGAAGAAAUUCAGAUUUUCAGUGCCGAAUUGUCACAAGAGAACAUUGCAGCUGAUAGCGAUCUUUUCCUUCCAGAAAAUAAUACUUUCAGAGAGCUUCUUGAGAUGCUGCGGGAUCCAAGGUUUCAAAUUCUUGAUGAAGAAUUCCAGUUAUCUGAAAGGUUACUAUUGGCAGAAAAUGAUUUGAGAUCGGCUGUUGAGCUCUUGAAACACGUCGUGUCGACUUUGACGAUUCUUAAACUUGUAUCAGUGGAGGAGCAAUCUAAUUAUGUUUCCAUAUGGAACGAAAUGAUGUUUAUUUGCUUUCAAGAAUUGAAACACGGUGCUUUGAUUUGGAAGGAAUCUAUACAGAGAAAUGUUGAAAGUUACAUAUUAUCUGAACCUCAAGGAAAACAAUAUAUCUGCGCCCUCGGAGAGAUUUAUAGGGUAGUUCAAGUGCUUAGAGCUUCAUUUGUACUUUACAAGCCAUGGAUACUAUUAGGUCAGGUUGAUCCCAAUAACUUGAUUUCUCUUGCGAAUGAAUGCUCCAAUAUUUGGUUGAGUUCAGGACUUGUUGUAGCUCUCUGCAAGAUAGAUGGUCCUAUUGAUUGCAAAGCAUUAUUGGAUUCGAUCAAUGCUAUUGAUAAUCUUGAUGAAUGGGGUUUGAGAAAGCAUGUUCUCUUGGGACAGCAACCUACUUGUAAUCUAUCGCUCUUGAGUGCUGAAUCAAUUCCAGGUAUGGAUUUGGUGGUCUGGAAUGGGGAGAACUACUUUUUGAAGCUCGCGAACUUAUGGGCAAACCUAAUAGGUCGUGAUCCUCCAAUCAUUCAGUACUUGAUUAAUAGGUGAUAAGAGGAUCCAGCCAUGUUGUUUUGUAUAAUAGCCUAUGGAUGAUGUGGCUGUUGCUAUUUUCUCCAAAUGAGGUUUCAUCACCUUUGUCGACCCCGCUGCUCAUUCGUGUUGAUGUUGUAAUAGGAAAUGCUAGAUGAUUACACUCCUUGAGAUGAAAUUAAGAAAGGAGAACACUUUCCAGGUUUUCAAGAAGACCAAAUAAAUCCAAUCUAAGUCUCGUGGGAUCCACAUUCCUACCCAUACUCGGCCAUUCUUUAGAAGAACUACUGUGUAGCAACUAGAUGAUGUUUCAUAUCUGUAUCAUAGUAUGAUUUAUGCAGUCCAGAACUGGAUGGAUUCAGAACACCACAUACAUAGAGAGAAUUUCGUCAUGUUGGAGAUCAUUUUUGUUACCCACAUAUAUAUUUUUUCUUUUUAAUCUUUUUGGUUCUUGUUUAAAUGUUGUAUCUCUAGUUUCUAAUCCCAGAAUCAGAACAAGAUCUGUUUAUCAGAGAUGAACUUUGUAAAAUGUAUAUAUAGGUUGUCCUUUUCCAGAAUCAUUGUUGUACUUAUAAUAUGAAUGUAAUUUAUUCUAUUUUUACCAUUGUUUUUACAA